AUGCUCCGAACCAAGUAUUCCAAGGCUGUCAAAGGUGAAUCUGAAAUGGAGCAAGAGUUUGUUGAUCUCUCAACCACGAUGACCGAGGACGAUAUCAAAGUGUGGACUGAGCAGGAGACCAUGGCUAUGCGAGAGCGUGGUGAUAAGUUGAACAUAUACAAUGUCCACUUGGAGAAGGCUCCAUCCAUGGGUGAUAUUCACCUUCUGCUCGCGACAGAAGAAAGACAGUCACCCAAUGAGGAGGGUAGAGUCCUGGAAAGUGGAACAGUAACCUGGUUGAGCACUGGAAUAAAUAUCGAAAAGACACAAGAUGACAUACAAGUAAUGGCAAAACACCUCACCAAGCGAAGCUCCACCAUGGACAAGAAUUCGGUGGAGAUGAAGCAAAAUUUGCUGCAGAAAAGAAUUGAUGGAUUUCACAAUCGCGCAAUGGCGCUAUUAGAUGGUGAAGACAUUGAGCACUUAGAAAUCUCCUCUAAUGAGGUGGCAGAUGAAGAGGGUUGGACCAUGGAGGAUGUGGAGGAGAACCCAGAAGAUAUUGAAGAGGAGGUGUUGCCAGAGAACAUCACUCUCCUGCUUCCCUCCUCACUUGGCAUUGAGCAAUGCAAGACAGUGGGAUGGGAGAGCAUUGCACAGCAGGAGUUACAGCUACGGGUUGGCCAAGCCAAUGACUGUCUUGAAGACUUGCGACUCUUGUUAGGUCACAAGUCUUUGCUUUUCCGGACCAAAUUCAGGCACAAUAAGUCUCAAUGGCACAAAACCCGAAAUGCAGCUGAGCUCAGGAAGAUUGGUCAGCAAGAGCGCAAAAUCAUUAGAUGA